UAAUUUUUUUUUGCACUUUGUAUGUGUAGGUUAAGUAAGCAUUAAUCAUGGCAAGGGAGCAAUGGCCACUAGAUCCAUGCCCAUCUGGAUUUAUAGGCACCCGUCCUAGAGGUGCUAGAGAUGGGGCAUGGAGGUAUGCCUAUGAGGGACCCGAUCCUGGGUCAAUUAUAUGCAUACAGUGUGAGAGAAUACUUCAUGGAGGCAUCAACCGCCUCAAAUACCACCUUGCAGGAAUAGAUAGGCAUGAUGCUAGAGCAUGCCCUGGGACCAAUGAAGAAAUAAAAAGACAAAUGAAUGCCCUACUUGCAGCUGGGGAAGAGAAGAAACUGCAAAGGGAGAGGGCAAAACUAGCCAUGAGAUCAGCCAUAGCUGAAUCUCAAGGUGUUUCUAUUGACCUUGAAGAGGAAGAAGAAGCACUUGAGGGCAUAGUGGGCUCUCGGCGUGGCCCACGUAUCCGCAAACCGACCAUCAGCUCACCCAUUGCUUCUGCUUCCUCUAGUAGAGUACCUGGCCGGGGCCCUGUUCCACUUCCAUCACAACGAUCAGGUUCGAUAGGUGAUUAUUUUGUGCCCAGAAACACACCUGGAGGACAACCAUCAUUAGAGGCUAGUGGAUGGAAUAAGGAGGUACAUGAGAAAACUGAAAUUGCAGUUGCUGAUUUUUGGUACUUCAACAACAUUGCAUUCAAUGUGGCGGAGAAUGCUUAUUGGUUGAAUUUGGUGACUGCUAUGACAGUUUCAGGAAAGGGGUACAAGGCCCCUUCUCGCAGGGAUUUGAGUGGGAGGUUGCUCACAAAUGCAGUUGCUAGGGCAAGAGAAGUGAUGGAGGAUCAAAAAAUUGAUUGGGCAAAUUAUGGCUGCACCAUUCUUUCUGAUGGGUGGACAGAUGGCAAGAACCGCACCAUCAUCAAUUUUUGGUCGCUUGCAAGGACAAUGUAGUGUUCUUGAAAUCUGUCGAUGCCUCCAACAAGGUGAAAAAUGCAGAAACAUUGGCUGGAAUGUUGGAGCGUGUCAUCAUGGAGGUGGGGGUAGAGAAUGUGGUGCAAAUCAUCACAGAUAAUGCAGCAGCAUAUGUGUCAGCAGGCAGA